CUUGGAUCUCGUGGGUCACUGUCAAGGGCUUGCGCGUAAAACGAGGAACAAACGCGCAGGAGUUCACGCAGCUCUCCGCGAUUAAAAUAUAUAUAGAUAGUAAGUCUGCCGAUUACUCCUAGUGCAGGACAUGUUGAAUUUUUGAGUUUGCAAUAAUUUCCUCAGUUCAAUUUCCCUCAUUCAUGGAACAUCAUUCAAUAAAUAUAUUGAAUCGCCCGUGACUUAUUGAAAAAAAAAAAAAAUUAUUCUCCAACUUCUCUUCGUGGGUCCCAAGUGUCCCUCAAAAAAUUCAAUACACUUAAAAAAAAUGAAAUACUCAUAUUAGCGGAUAAAAAAAAGAGGUGUGGAAUAGGAAAUGGAUACUCACGGUGCUGGAAUUUUUGCCAUUCUGGGAACAAUUGGAGCAGCCACAGGAGCAAUUUCAGCGGUUCUCGUUUAUACAAUCUGUGCUCGUCGUCGUCGUCUUCCUUUAUUAAAUCCAAGUGGUCCUCUUAACUGGUUCGAAAAGGAUCUUCUAAAUAGAGCAGCGGAGGAGCAAAAAUCAAAGGAAACAUCUUUCGAUAUUUGCCCUAAUCGAAAGCUUCCAAGACAAAGUAGCAGUCGUAAUGAGGAAACAUGGCAAUUAAAUGACAUUGAAAAUGCCAGGGAAUUGCCUAGAGAAGUAAAACGACAUUUAUCAUCGGAGUGUAGUUGCGAUGACGCAAUUGGAACAACAGUGAGUCCAAUUGCACCCCCUUUACCAGGAGGAGCCGUUGUCGCAUCAGAUGAAAGAAUGGUGAUUGUAAAGACAUUACCAAGGUCCUCCGAUAGUUCCUCCAAUUCAAGGUUGAAUAGCGCAGACAGCGAUGAAAUUUCCUGUCCAAGAUCCGCUAACGAAACAAGAGGUGAAAUAGAAUUGUGCUUGGUUUACGAUGCUUCUGCUGGAAUCCUCAAUGUCAAAUUAAUUGAGGCACGUGAUCUACGAGCUCGUGAUCUAAGCGAAACAGCGGAUCCUUAUGCAAAAAUUCGAUUGCUUCCUGAUAAAAAUAAUGUUUGGCAAACAAGAAUUCAUAGGCGAACUUUAAAUCCAGUUUUUGAUGAGGAUUUCGUCUUUGAAGUUCCACCUCAUUGUUCAUUGGCCGAGAGAACCCUGGAGGUUUUGUUCUAUGAUUUUGAUGCAUUUUCUCGUCAUCGUGGAAUAGGAUAUAUAAAGCUUCCGCUAACAAAUUUAGAAUUAAAUUUGACCCCAAAAACAGUGACAAAAUCUGUUCUUCGUUAUGGUGCUGAAGGUUUUCGUGCACCGCCUCUUGGUGAACUUAUGGUUUCAUUGUCCUAUCAACCAUCAUGUGAAAAACUAACCGUCAUUGUUAUUAAAGCCAGAAAUUUGCCACUUCCUGAUGAUACCAGCGUGAAUUUUGAACCCUACGUUCAGGUGACAGUGAUUCGGGACGACAAGAGCGUGAAAAAGAAAAAGACUGGUGUUCGUAGAGAAGGCUCGAGUCCUGCAUGGAGUGAAAUUCUCAAUUUUGAUAUAAGCAGCGAAGCAUUGUCCACAUCACGAUUACAAUUUUAUGUGUUGCGGGCAGCUGGUCAACUUCUAGGCAAAUGUGAAGUUUCUGACAAAUGCCAUCGGGAAUUAUUCCGUCGUGUUUUAUCGGGAACGGGAGCCUCCGCCCAAUGGAUAUCAUUAACGGAACCUGAAAAUUCUGGCGAUAUUGCCGAAUAGAAAAAAAAGAGAGAGAGAGAGAGAGAGAGAGAGAGAGAGAGAGAGAGAGAAAGAAAGAAAAACCAUCAGGGUCAAAAAUCAGUACAACUCUUUUUGCAAAAUUAUUUUUCUGCAAUUCACUAUUUAAUCGAUCGUUUCAACAAAUAAGAUUAAAAAUUUUUUUAAAAACUAAAAAUGACAAAUAUUAAUUUAAAAAAAAAAAUAAUAAUUAACAAACAAAAAAGAGAAUUUUAAUAACAAGAAAAAAAAACCCCCGAUCGAUUUGAUGAUCCGAUUUCCCCGAUCUUGUCCAUCGAGCUUAUUCUAAAUCGGAACCUAAAAAAGCCUCAAGAGUCAUGCUCGAUAUAUAUAUAUAUUUUUUUAUAUUUAAAGUUAUUUUCCUACUCAGAAACUUUAAACUUGUUUUUCAAAUAGAUGAAUAAUUUAAAAUAUAAUAAAAAAAAACUGUUGACUAGUUAAAGAGAUCUUUAGUGUAUAAUAAAUAAAAAAAAAAUAAUUACUUGUACAGAAAAAUGAUAAAUUGAAAAUAAAAGAGAUCUAUAGACUUGCGAGGUUUUUUGGUUUUUCUGAUUAGAAAUGGUUGCGUGGGCCAGGGCUUGAUUUGUCCACUCGUCGUAAGUGAAAAUGUACAAGAAAAAGCUGUAAAAUAAUUUCGCUGAGCUCUCUCUUUUUUCUUUUCAUCUGUCUUCCCUCACAAAAAGCUAUUUUUCUACUCCCUCUGAAAAUUCGUAAAUAAUUCAUUUUUUUUUUUUUUUGCUCAAUCAUCCAAUAUUCUUUUAUUUCCAAUUUUCACAUCAAUUUUUCCCGACUGUGAAAAUGAAAGUUCCAUUUUUUUUAUGACUUUGAUACAAAUUUUAUUAUUGUAAUAGAAUUUUCAAUUAUGUUGAUGGAAUUGUUAUGACUGUAAUUUUUUUUUUAUUACGAUAGAAUUUUAUUUGCCAGUAUGAAUAUGAAUAUAUAAACUAUACAUUAAAAUUUUUUUGAAAAUGAAUUUUUAUCGUAGCUACCAUUUUUUUGGUUGAAAAUUUUUUAAUUAGAAUAAAAAUUCUACAAUACAAUUAUUAUCUAAACUUCGUUAUGAAUGAAUUUUUAUCAUUAUAAAGCAACGCACUCGUCUUUGAAAACUGAAACCUAAGCACGCACAAAAUGCAAUGAUUUGCCGUUCCAAAGAUGCAAUUUUUGUCAAUUAUUUUUCACGAAGAAAUAAGAGAUUCUUUUAAAAGUUGUACAUUUUCACUGAUCUUACGACAGAGUUAAACGAAUGCAUUUUAUCUACUGAUAAUAUAUAUUAUAUUAUAAAAAUAUAAAAUUUUAUGAUGCGCAUGCACCAUCAUUUUUGUAAGGCUUUGAUCCUUGCUGCACACAUAAUAAUGAAGAAAACUAUUUUUUUGAACUGUUUCAUUUGACUAUUUAAAUGUAUCUUUAGCGUAUAUAUAUAUAGAUAA